UAUGCAUGAAAAUAAGGUUUUUGCUCAAAGGUUUUUAUUGCAGUUUUUCGCUGGUGGUUUUUUGAAGACGUGACGUUGCAAGCUCCAAUCAGUUUCAACUUGCAACCUUUCGACCGACCGACCGACUCGCCAGUUGUGGACAUCCUAAGGAUUUACAAAUGAAGAGGAGCUUUUUAUUGUCUCGAUAUCGGUAACAACCUCAAUCCAUCUAGAUUUGACAAUUUUCCGAUCCGAUAAAAACCAUUUCCUCGUCAAAUGGAGACGAGGAAACACCAAUGUACAAUAUGCUUGAAGACUUUUACGAAAAAGAGCAAUUUGAAAAGGCAUGAACACACGAAACACGGUUGCGGGGACGCCUCUUGGGAUGUUUACACCUGCGGCUCGUGUUUCAAAUCUUUUAAGACGAAAUUUAGUUUGACCAGACACCUCAAAACACAUUCCAACUCGCAAAACGACUCCAAAUCUCAGACGAGGACGUCUAACCUGAUACGCCACUCGAAAAUACCAUCGAAGCACUUGAAAAAGUGUCCCAUUUGCGGGAAUGUGGCCCCAAAACACCAAUUGAUCGAACACUAUAAGAACGAUCACGGCAUCUCCUUGUCCAAAGAGACUCUCUGUUUCAAAGACAAGGAAGAGUUUUUCUCCUGGAAAGAGACGAUCGAACAGCACGGCCAUUCUUUUGUAGUCAACAGGUCCAAUUACAAGAGGAACGACCAGUCAUCGCGUACGCUUUACAAGUGUCACCGGGAUGGCACGUACGUGUACAGGGGACAGGGGAAACGACAUCUCAAAAUGCUCGGUUCAAAUAAAAUCGACGGGUAUUGCCCGGCCCAGCUUGAUGUCAUGACGACGGAGAGUAUGGUCGUCGUGAAAUAUGUCAGUACGCAUGUCGGACAUUCGCUGGAAAUAAACAGGCUUAGGCUCGCCCAGAAGGAUCGCGACUCGUUGGCCCAGAAGAUUUCCAUGAACAUCCCUUUCGAUAAUAUUUUAGACGAAGUCAGGCAUUCUAUUUCUCCAGUCGGUUUCAAUCGGCGCAUUCACCUUCUUACUAAGAAAGAUCUCUUUAAUAUAGAAAAACUUUACAAAUUGAACAGAGGGUGCAAAAGAAAUUAUAAAGACAAUGGCAGCGUACAGUCGUGGGUUUCCAGGAUGGAAGAGACGACUAACAUCGUCAGAUUUUACAAGCCACAGGGUGCCAAGCAGCCUGAUCGUUUUGAAUUGAAUGAAGAUGAUUUUAUCUUAGUUCUUGCGAAUGAUGCACAGUUGGAGUAUUUGGCAAUGUUUGGAAAUGAUUGUAUCUGUGUCGAUGAAAUCCGUGGUCUUAAUCCACAUAAUUUCAACCUAACUACAUUGUUUGUUCUCGAUGAUUUGAGACAGGCUUUUCCUUGCGCUUUUCUUUUAUCUAAUCGUAGCAGUGAAGAUGUGAUGACUGUGUUUUUUAGUGUUAUCAAUGAAAAUCUCCAUUUUCCGAUUACGCCCAAUAUUUUCAUGAGUGAUAUGACUGAUACAUGCUUUAAUGCAUGGAAGACUACAUUGUCAGAACCGAAAUUUAGGCUGUUCAGUCCUUGGCAUGUCGAUCAUGCCUGGAGAGAAAUUUUAAACGAUAUCAAAGAUUCAGAGAAACAGUUUGCCGUUUACAAGUUGUUGCAAAGUCUAUUAGAAGAAACCGACGAAUCCGCAUUUAUUGGAUUAUUAGAAAGUACAAUCAACACUUUGAUCACUGAUCCUGCGACUGAAAAUUUUGGAAAUUAUUUCAUAGACAACUAUAGCAAUAAUGCACACUGUUGGGCUUAUUGCUUUAGACAAAAUACAAACCUAAAUACAAAUGUGCAUAUAGAGCGUAUGCACAAAACGAUAAAACAUCUAUUUUUAAGUGGGAAAAAGGUAAAGAGGCCUGAUGUCGCUCUCAACGCUCUUAUGGGGUUUGUGAGAGACAAGCUUUAUAACCGCCUAACUUCGCCCAACAAGGCAAAAUCAAAAAUAGCUGAACUUAGACGACGUCACAACCAAGCCCUGUCUCUAGACAGAAUGAAGUUUGUGAAAGAAAACGACAUAUGGAAAUUCCCAUCGUCUACAAGUUCAGAAAUUUACACAAUAGAAAAAGAGAAUUUAGACUGUACCUGUGGUCUGCAAUGUGAAGACUGCAAAUUUUGUGUCCACGCUUAUACCUGCUCCUGCCUUGACAGCACAAUAAAAUGGAACAUGUGCAAGCACAUACAUGCAUUGGGUGGACUUCUGAACGAUGGCAUAAUAGAAGCCUCAGUUGUUCCCAACCCUUCUUUAGAAGUGCUUGUGAUUGAAAAUGCCAGUGAAAACAUUGACACAAAUAACAUCGUAGAACAGCUAAUCGAGCAGGACGAAGAGGAAAUCCCAACCAUGGAAUUUUCACAGCGGAAGAAAGAAGUAACAGAGGAGGCCCUUAAUAUACUAAAUAAAGCAAAAACCUUAGACGAUCUUGAUUUGAUAUCAAAAACUAUAGUCGCUCUCUCAACAAUGCUAGACAUGAACAAAUGUACUAAUAAUAGUUUGCAGGAACAAAAGGAUAAAGAUGUAAUAGCAAACAUAAGACCAAAUCGUCUUCAGCUUGAUCAAAGUGCAGAAAAAUUGCUUGUUGAAAAGCAUCCGACUAUCUACAACAUCAACUUGAAAGACCACAGCACUUUGACGAUUGUAGAUAAUAUCUGGGAAGAAAUUGCAGCAGAAGUUGAACUUUUGUAAAUAAAAUUUUUUAUUAUUAA